AUCGUGGGCGGGCGGCGGCGGGAGGAGCGCGCGGGCCGGAGCGGAGCCCGAACCGAGGGGCGGCGGCCGCUCCGGCCGGUCUGCGGCGCUGUCCUGGCGGCGGGAAGAUGCUGCAGUCCCUGGCUGGCAGCUCCUGUGUGCGCCUGGUGGAGCGGCACCGCUCGGCCUGGUGCUUCGGCUUCCUGGUGCUCGGCUACCUGCUCUACCUGGUGUUCGGCGCCGUGGUCUUCUCCUCGGUGGAGCUGCCCUACGAGGACCUGCUGCGCCAGGAGCUGCGCAAGCUGAAGCGCCGCUUCCUGGAGGAGCACGAGUGCCUGUCAGAGCCGCAGCUCGAGCAGUUCCUGGGCCGCGUGCUGGAGGCCAGCAACUACGGCGUGUCGGUGCUCAGCAACGCCUCGGGCAACUGGAAUUGGGACUUCACCUCUGCGCUCUUCUUCGCCAGCACGGUGCUGUCCACCACAGGUUAUGGCCACACCGUGCCCCUGUCUGAUGGGGGCAAGGCCUUCUGCAUCAUCUACUCCGUCAUAGGCAUCCCGUUCACCCUCCUGUUCCUGACGGCCGUGGUCCAGCGUGUCACCGUGCAUGUCACCCGCAGACCUGUCCUCUACUUCCACAUCCGCUGGGGCUUCUCCAAGCAGGUGGUGGCUAUCGUCCACGCUGUCCUCCUCGGGUUCAUCACUGUGUCCUGCUUCUUCUUCAUCCCGGCUGCGGUCUUCUCCGUCCUGGAGGACGACUGGAACUUCCUGGAAUCUUUCUAUUUUUGUUUCAUCUCCCUGAGCACCAUUGGCCUCGGGGACUACGUUCCUGGAGAGGGCUACAACCAGAAAUUCAGAGAGCUCUACAAGAUCGGGAUCACCUGCUACCUGCUGCUGGGCCUCAUUGCCAUGUUGGUGGUUCUGGAAACCUUCUGUGAGCUCCACGAGCUGAAGAAAUUCAGAAAAAUGUUCUACGUGAAGAAAGACAAGGAUGAAGAUCAGGUGCACAUUAUGGAGCAUGACCAGCUGUCUUUCUCCUCCAUCACAGACCAGGCAGCCGGCUUGAAGGAGGAUCAGAAGCAAAACGAGCCCUUUGUGGCCACUCCGUCUGCCUGUGCAGAUGGCUCUGCAGGCCACUGAGCUUGGGCUGGGUGGGUCCUCCUGCAGCAGCAGGCCAGGUGUGUCCACUUCCAGGAAAAUGGAAAGUCAAGAUGAGGCCUUCUUAAGGGCACCUACAGUUUGUAAUAUUUUAAAAAUGUGGAGCAAAAGUAGCUUUGACUCUGGAGGGGUGUCUGAUAUCUAGGGAGACCGAGCAUACACCUGUAUUUCACAUACCACAAAACCAUCUAGACCUGAGUAACAGGAGAAGAAUACUCGAAGCCGUGUGCCGCAUUGGGUAGAAGCAGAUUUUAUACUUUUAACUGGGAACUUUGGGGUUUGCAUUUAAAUCAUUGAGUUGAUGGCUAAAUAGCAACAUUUAUAUUUAAAACAAAAAAAAAUGCCUUUUAUAAAUAGGUUUAAGUGUACCAGUUUGCAUGUGCCCAUCCAAAAUGAUUAUUUUUAUAGUAUCUAAGUUAAACUUACUAUUUAUAAUGACUAGGUUACCAUUAACUAUGUACAGCAAAAGUACAAAUAGAUUUAUAUCUUGUAUAUACAGUUAGGUCACCAGGUCCCACUGGACUUCUUAACCCCAGAAUGUAGAUAGUUUUGCUCUUGAUUCUCUUUAUACUAAAGAAUCCAGAAUUGCCGCAAUAAGAUGAGGGGGAUAGUAAGUAUAAGAGUGAAUGCCCGUAGCAUCUGUCACCCUGAAUGUGCUGCUUUCGUAGGAGUGUGACCUCAAAUGUCCAGGAGGUUUGUCAACACUUCUGUGGACGAGAUCCAGCAAGAAAAAGCAGGAUUCAUCAAAAGGCUGAGAGGUUUUGUUUUGAGGGCCCGUUGUGAUUCACAGCCACCAGGUCUAAAGCACAGAACUUGGACAUGAAGAUCCCAGAUACUCACUUAUGUCACACUAAUCUGAGGAUUUUACAUUUAAAAGCUAAAAUAAAUAAAAAUCUCUGCUGUUCGCAA